AUGUCGGCAGCCCAGCGUGCCGCGGUCGCACCGCCAAGCCAGCGUGACUACGCCGGCUCGCACGACGUGUCGACCUACCCGUCAUCGUCCAUGCGCGCUUCGGCUUCCGACAGCUCCCCAGGCUCGGGCUCCCGACCCGGCAGCUCGCGUGGUCCGGCUUCUUCACCACCACCACCCACAGGUCGCGCAGAGUUCUCGUCACCCACGCGUCCCAACGCCAAACCCUCUUCGCGCGGCAGCCGUCUCGGUGCGUUGCUCGGCAGAUCCACACCAGCCAAUGAUGCCGCCCAUUCCAGAACCGCCUCGACUUCCACAAAUCACACCGACACCUAUUCAUCCAACGACUCCAGCUUCUUCGGCCGUCGCAAUCGUAACAAAGCAGUCCCAGCUCAGAUCGAAGAGUCGCUCGAGGAGAAUCACUCGUCGCUUCCCGCAGCUGUGUCUGAUCAGCCUCAGUCAACACGCGCCGCCAGCGCAAUGGGCAUGCUCGACUUUGACCCUCGAGCUCGCGACGACGCAUCGACAGGACGCACUCGGCCAGUCAGACCUUUGCUCCAAUCUAACCUCACCGACACUCUCGUCGCACCGUCGAGUACCAGGGACCAGCCCCAGUCGGCCUCAGCAGCGCCACACCAGUCCAGGGGCGGUCGUCUCGGCCGUCUCGCGUACAAGAAGGACGACUCUAUCGCCUUCAUCGCCCAGUCGCGCAAUGUCUCGCUUCAAUCCGCCGUGGAGGCGCGCAAUGCCAGCUUGGACGUGGAACGCUCGCACCCCUGGUCGCAUUCCAGCGCAUCUGGCGCGCCUCGUGGCCUGGGCAUCGAUGGCGCCAACUCGCCCCCUGGCUUCUCGACAGCGCCUACCGAUGCAUACGACCGCACAGACGCACCAGACGCCAUGCUCAAUCGUCACGCCGUCGGCAUGGCUACCAACUCGUCUCAGUCCAAUUCGCUCCCCUCUUCAAGCGCCGGCUCCUCGCGCGCACCGUCCGUCGCAGGCAUGCUCGGCAGCGGCUACCACAAUCGCUUCAGCCGGCAAGGCAUCCCUCCACCCUUGGCCCAAGAGUCGCUCGCCGACACAGACAACAGGCCCGCUCGCUCCUCCUCGGAAGCGCAAGCUGCGCGUGCGACGGGAUCCACCGAGCACCGCAGCAACUCGCCUCGCGGAACCUUGUCCGACGCAGAUAUCGCAGCGCUGGGCGCCAUGCCCGGCGCUUCGGCCGGCUCGCUCCUCAACGCCAACGGCGCGCCUCUGAGCAGCAAAAACAUCCUCACCAUCGCACUGCAAAAGGCGCAGAAUGCCGUACAGCUCGACAGCGCCAACAACGUGCCCGAGGCCAUCUCGGCGUACAAGCAGGCGGUGAGGCUGCUCGAGGAAGUCAUGGAGCGCAUCGCGCCGCGCAAUGGCAAGCGAUCCAGACCCAGCAGGGAGGAGGAGCGCAGGAGGCUGCGCGUCAUCCACGAUACCUAUGCAGACCGCAUCCGGCUGCUCUCCAUGAUCUACUCGCCCGACGAUUCGGACGCACACGAGGACACCACCGAUACCAGCUUCAGCGGCGCCGAACAGCCGUCCGCUUCCAAGCCAGAUUGGCUCGACAGGAUGCGUCACGACACCAAGGACGAUCCGGCAGCAGUCACGCCCACCAUGAACGGUCAAGCGCUCGAGCAUGAGCUGCACUAUUCGCCACGCGACAAUUCGCGAAGCUUUCUCUCCAUCACGCCGGUUCAGAGCGCUUUCCCGCCGGCGUCGCAGGCGUCCUCUUCGCCGCAAAUCGACCAGCAGCCUGCGCAGGCCAAGCUGCCGUGGCCCAAGUCGCCGCCCAUGCAGAAUGCGCCGCUCUCGCCCUCGCUCGACUCGUCGCCGCGCAGACGACGCAGAGACCACGCCAGGCCCGGCUCGCGCGGGUCGCGUGGCAGCCGCGCCUCGAUCUCGCUCUCCAUCGCAGACGAACAAGAGGUGCAGGACUUGCGCCUUCCACCUGUCGCCAUCGCCGAAGAGAUGCCCAGCAUCGCCAUCGAGGCCACCACGCCCGAGAUCGACCGCGAGGCCGGCUCGCCCGUCAAAGACGCAGGCGCCGGCGUGCACAAGCGUGGCGUCUCACCGUCCGACUUGGCGGCUCGCCAGAUGCAGCACGGCCGCUCCGACUCGGACAGCUCGUACCAGAGCACCACGGCCGCCGCGCGUCUCAAGCCGAGUGCGCUCGCAUACCGCUCGUACGGCCUGGACGACGAAGUGCGCACGCCCGUCACGCCGUACUUUGACGCCUCGGGCGAUGUCGGCCUGGGCGCAGACGAGCGCGCUUCGGCGGUGGUCAGCCCGGCCGAGGCGCCUGCGCGCCAGCACAAGCUGUCGUUGACCUCGCCGGCGUCCAAACCGCGUGUCGAGGCGCCAGAAAAGCCCGUCGAGCGUCCGGCCAAGAUGGGCUUGGCGCAGAGGGCGAGGGCGCUCAGCUUCAAGGGGCCGCUGCUGAAAAAGGCAAGCAUGCCGUCGCUCUCGGACCGCAAGAAGGAGGAGGCAGCGGCGGUGAACAGUGCCACGCUCGCCAAGAGUCAGGUACGCAGGCCGGGCACGGCGGAAUCACGACCCGACGAGCCGAACCCUGCAUUGCCGACCGAGAGCGCAUACGACCAUCCGACGCCGUGGGACGAAGAGGCGGGCUCGAACAUUACUGUGCGUGCGCCGAACCGGCCGAGGGCGACGACGGCGUCGGCGCUCGUCAGCUCGUCGGUGCUGGCAGGUACGAUCAGCCAGCGCCGCAAGAUCGCCACCGCCACCAAUGGUGCGGACUCGCAGGCGGCGGGCGAAGCAGACGGACAGGCAGGCAGGGCGACACCGGGGAUGGACGAGACGGAUGCUCGCGAAGAGCACGGCCCGCAGUCUGUGCCGAUGUCGAGUCGGCAACGCUCCACGUCGCAGCCGGGCUCGAGGAGGCCGUCGAUCCCGGCGGUGUUUCUGGCCGCGAAUUCGGCGGCGUCGGGCGGUGUGCCGUCGGCGCUGGUCGGCGGUGCGACCCCGGCGAGCGAGGACUCGCUGCCGCCCGUGCCGAAUCUGGCGCGCACACUGUCGGCGCUCGAGCUCGCGCGCGCGGUGGAUGCCAAGCAGCUCGCCAAGGGCGCGGUGGCAGCACGAGGUAGUGGCGAUGUGGCGACGUCGCUCGCUAUGCCGCUACCUCGCGCGUGGGCCGGCGAUGCGGAGACGUCGAUGCCGACCGACUCACCAUCCGGUGCUGGUCAAGAUGCGGGCGAGGGGCCGCUGCUGAUAGCUGACCUGUUUCCGGCGGGAUUGCCAUCGCUUGCGGCAGGUGCACCGUCGUACGCCUCGGGAGGGCUGCCUGCCGCGCGCCGAGCGAGCCUGCCGCAGCCACCGCACGCCAUGUUGAAGCCGUUCUUUGUGAUGGCACAGCUGAGCAAGUCGAUGACUUCAGGAGCUCAGAUUACCGAGCGGCUGUACGUCCCCGCGUCGCUCUGGCGUCAGGGUGGGGUAAAGCUGCUAGCUGUCGAGACCAAGGUUCGAGCGAUCGAGGCGUUAAUCUCUGGCCUCGAGACGGUGGAGCGAGGUGGGGAGGCGUUGUUGUUGCCGCUUGGGAGUGGGGCGGGGUUGGAGACGUCUAACGCGAGUCGAUUUGUAAAGCAUCUGGAGGAGUUUGAAGGCACGAUGGUCGAGGUGCAGUCGACGUUGUCCAAGAAGCUGGCGUUUAUCGAGGCAGCUGGGGGUGGAGCUGGGAUGGGAGGGGGAAAGAAGGGUUUUGCGGGGGGAUUUGGACGCUUCACGAGGGGUUUGGAUAGGAUGACGGGUUCGGGGCAGAGUAAAGUGGAUGCUGGAUCGUUGGGGGUGUAUAUGGACCUGUUGGGGCGAUUGCUCACACGCACGCGGGUGUUGUCCUCCCACCUUACAUGGAUUCUCAUUGCGGAUGAGAGUAUCCCCCCACCAGCCGCUAGAGUGGUGUCGCCAACGGGUGCCAUGCCAAGUCCAACGGGAAUUGGGAUUGCACAGCAUAACAGAACGGCUUAUUCCGUCCUACCACAAGGGAUCAGGCAAACGAUCCAAGGCAAGCUCACAAGGACUUCCGAGUUCUUCGCGAGGGUCGUCGUGGCUUGGAUCCUCCAAGAUCUAGGCAGCUUGCUCGAAAGGACAACCAAGAGAGGAAGCAACAUGCUCGAGUGA